AUGAUGGAGAGGUUAUCGCAGGUAAGGGUGCUGGAGGACGCGAUCCAGUUGGCAAGCGCGAGAUGUCGAUCGAUGUGGCUGGAAGUCGUGGUCGGGGACGACUCAACGGAUGUGUUUGAUGUUCAGGGUGGGGCUGAGAAGAGCAAACGCGAUGGGGAUGUGGAGCUGGAAGCGUCGGGUGAGGAGGAGGGUGAGGCUCCCGUGGUCGCGCCCGCGCCUGCCAGUAGGCCCACAACCUCCGGAAAGAGCAUCAGGCGGCUCGCACAGCAUCUGACCCCCAGAGCUUGGAGCGUGGGUUCCUCCGGUGAGUUCGGGGGCAAGAGUCCUGUUCGUGGUCCGCGAGAAUUCGAGGCCCUGGCCGCUUUGCCAUCAAAGAAGCUGGCUGAGGAGAUUCUGCGACUCGACUGCGAGCUGGAGUCAAAGUCUCACAUGAUUGUCCAGCCGAAGAAGCGCCUUGAGUCUCGCGAUGGUGGGAUCGCGAUAAUAAGUUAUGAGGAGCUCGCGGCUGUCGUUGAGAAGGCGCAGCGGCAGUCCCUGAACGCGGCGCAGACACUGGAGAGGGAGGCGAAGCUGCUCGCGAUGGAGGGGGUGGUGACCGACUCGAUGGAAGGGGCGCAGAAGAAGUUGACAGACGAAGUGUCGCGGAAGAUCGACAACAUGUCGUCCGCGGUCUCCGCCACUGCAGAGCGCGCCAUCACCACUAGCGAGGUCACACACGCCCUGAACACGCUCAUCGCCCUUGUUUCAGGGAGUGCGCCGCCUCGAGCGGACGCGGAAGAGCCGCACGCGACCGAGACGGCUGAACCCGGUGACACUGACAAUGGGAAGCGGGUCGCGGCCUCGAGGGCAGAUAACCAACGUAAGUCGAAGAGUCAGAGAGGUCCUGCGGCAGCGGCCGAGGUUCGCAACCCGAGUGUGCAAGACAUGCUGAAGCAGAACUGGGGCGCUGGUGGGCGUGGUGCAGGGCAGCCUGCUCCACCGGGACAGCAUGGCCCUAGCGCGGGCGCUUCUGCAGUGCCGAUCCCAGUCGCGGUUGAGCCCAAGUCGGAGAAACGCGGCAGGGGCGCCAAGAAGCAGCCGCCGCCCUCACCCGCAGUGACCAUCGAUGACGACAAUGUGGACGCAGAGCUGGAGGAUCUCGUGAUGAUGUGGGUUGGGCCGGGAGACAACAGGGGUGAGUCAGGAGAUGAAACCGCAGUCGAGGUUUAUAGCGAUGGAGCCACAUCGGGCGUGAUAGGCGGCGAAAUCGGCGGCGUCAUCGGCGGCGAAACGGGCACCAAGCGUAGGGGAUAUGGCAUUUGCGACCCUCCCUGGGUUGGCCCAGGCAAGGUUUUCGAACUGCAUUUGGGUGGGAAAAAACGUUGGCUUGGGCACGGCCCCCUCGAGGACAUGCAGUAUGUUACCACGGUCGCGUUGAUGCCGUACGACCAGUAG